GCCGCGGCCGGCGGCGCCCGGAGUUAGUUGUUGCGCGCGGGCGCGGCGGCUGCAGCCCGUCCCGGGAGUCGUUUUCUGUUCGGGGCCCGGCGGCAGCCGGCCCGUGGCGAAACCUUCUCAGUGUAGCUGUGGCUACAGUCUCUGCCUCGUUGCCUGUCCGUGGGAGGUGCCGCGGGACCGGGGAGUCCCCUGCCAGAAAAUGUUGCUGUCCUGACUAGCAGCCGUGAAGAGAAGGGAGUGAGGCAGAUUUGUCUGGGGAAGUAGGAAGUCUUGACAUGUCCAUUGGGAUUUAUUGCCAGUAGCUGCUGAAGGUUUUGCGAAGCCACCCACUGACACUGGAAUGGAUGCCGUGCCUCAGACUUCAAUGGUGGAUGUGCUGCAGUUGGAAAGCUGAGUCUGUUCAGACGUGUCAGGAGAACAGCAGAGCCAGCACAAGAGGAGCAGUGAGGCUGCAUCAAGAAUGAUCACUGCUCAACACAGAAGCCAUACGAAGUGAGCAGAGCGGAAACACAUGGAUCACCUUCCUACCAUGCACUGAACAGCACAGCAUCACGCGCAGAGCUCUGGGAAAAUGUCUGCUUGCAACACCUUCACUGAACACGUCUGGAAACCUGGCGAAUGUAAGAACUGCUUCAAGCCCAAAAGCUUGCAUCAGCUACCCCCGGUCUCUGAAAAAAAGCCCCUCUCCCAUGGAAACCUGAAACCCAAUGCAAACCAAAGUAACAGCCACCGGGGAAGAAACACAGGAAGCUUCCGACCCCCUGUGGCAAAGAAACCCACCAUAGCUGUGAAACCCACCAUGAUGGUGGUAGACGGGCAGGGGGUGUGCGGCGAAAUCGUCGCCACGGAUCUGUGCGAGAGCAAGGCGGUGCCCGCGGGUUGGAACCGGAACAAAGCCAUCCUGAACAGAAAACCUCUGAACAACAACAAUGAAGAGGAAAUUGAAGGUUAUAGCCAUGUUCACAGGCCGUAUGGCAACAACGAUGGUGUAGGUAAGAUACCAAAUAACAAUAAUAAUGGACUAACAGAAGUUUUGAAGGAGAUUGCAGGUUUAGAUACCACUCCUCAGCUAACCAGACACGAAACGAACUCAAGAGAAAACUUCUUGGGAAGAAUAAAUAGUUGUUACAAAAGGUCAUUAGAAAGAAAGAUCCCUCCGAGCUGCAUGAUGGGUGGAAUGAAGGAUUCACAGAGUAAGCACGUUAUCCUGAGUGGAAGCACUGAAGUCAUAAGUAAUGAAGGUGGACGUUUCUGUUAUCCAGAGUUCUCUAGCGGAGAGGAGAGUGAGGAUGACACGUUUUUUGGCAGCAUGCAAGAAGAGCACGAGAGCUGGGAUGAAAGUGAUGAGGAGUUGCUAGCGAUGGAAAUUCGUAUGAGGGGCCAACCUCGUUUUGCUAAUUUUAGAGCGAACACCCUGUCUCCUGUUCAGUUCUGUGUGGACAAAAAGUGGAACACUGUGCCCCUCAGAAACAAGUCCCUCCAGAGGAUCUGUGCAGUAGAUUAUGAUGACAGUUACGAUGAAAUUUUAAAUGGUUAUGGGGAAGAGACAGUGAUUCUUUAUGGGCAAGAGAGCAUGCAGAGCAUGGUGUCUUCUGAUUCUACAUCUCCUGACUCUUCCUUGACAGAAGAGUCUCGCUCUGGCACAGCCAGCAGCUCUUCACAGAAGCUCUGUAAUGGAGGGUUAUCUCCUAGUACUCCUCAGGACCUCAAAUUGAUUGAACCAGAAUAUGAAAGUCUUUGUGAUAAUCAGCAAGUGAAGGAUGUGUCAAAAGCUCCCAGAAAUGUCCCAAAAAGUCUAGAAACUCACAAGGCAGUCCUUGCGCUUCGACUGGAAGAGAAGGAUGGCAAAAUUGCUGUGCAGACUGAUAAGCAAGAGAAUAAAAGUUCCUCAGAUGUUCCUGGUCAAGCUGUAACUAUAAAUUUGGUGCCUGUGGAGGAGCAAGCUAAACCUUACAGGGUGGUGAAUAUGGAACAACCGGUUUGCAAGCCAUAUACCGUAGUAGAUGUAUCAGCUGCCAUGACCAAUGAAUGUAAGGAGAAUCCGACUGAAACCUCAGAAACCAAAACUACAUCAUCUACCCCGAGCUCACCGGUAACUCCAGGCACACCUAUUACAUCCUCUGCCACCUCCCCUGUACGAGUAAAUGCUAACCUGAAGAAAUCCAGUGCAAUUAGGUAUCAAGAAGUGUGGGCUUCUAGUACCAGUCCAAGACAGAAGAUACCUAAGGUGGAGUUAAUUAAUAACAGCUCAGGACCUUCUGUUCCUCCCAGGAAGGCAAGCCACAAGUCAGCUCCUACUUCACCUACAGCUACAAAUGUUUCUUCAAAAACUAUCCCAGUUAAGUCUCCCAACUUAUCCGAGAUAAAAUUCAACAGCUACAAUAAUGCUGGCAUGCCACCUUUUCCUAUUAUCAUCCAUGAUGAGCCCACCUAUGCCAAGAGCUCCAAAAACGCUGUUAAAGUUCCUAUCGUCAUCAACCCAAACGCGUAUGAUAACCUGGCUAUCUAUAAAAGCUUCCUAGGGACCAGUGGAGAGCUGUCCAUCAAGGAUAAAACUACCAGUGUAAUAAGCCACACGUAUGAAGAAAUAGAAAGCGAAGGGACUGAAGCCCUGGGAAGUAAACCCACUGAAGUUCCCCAGGCCAAGGGGGUGACUAACAGCGCUGAGCGCAGGCUGGGUUCUGUGGCUCAAAAGGUCCAAGAGUUUAAUAGCUGCCUCGGUAAAAGUCAGGCAUCACCGCAGAGAAGUCACAGUGCUGACCAUAGCUCCCCAUCAAGAGUUCAGAAGACAGCACAAGAGCCUGCAGCAAAAAUAGACCUGACACCAGAGGCUUCUGUUGGCGGCAGCAGCAGCAGAGAGAAUGCAAGCACGGUGCUCUCACAGAUCGUGGCUUCUAUCCAGCCUCCGCAGUCUCCGCCGGAAACGCCUCAGUCUGGACCCAAGUCUUGCAGUGUAGAAGAACUCUAUUCCUUACCCCCUGACGCAGACGCUACUAAAACCACCCUGGUACGGCCCAAAUCCCUGUUUACAUCACAGUCUGAAGCGGAGUCAUCCAAGAUGGUGGAAAAUACUGCCAUUAAAAUGCAGAAAGAAGCACUUUCACAGCCCGGUGCUACCCCCUCUCCAAAGCCAGUGAGAGCCACCCCAACCACCGCAAGCCCCAAAACAGAGCAAGCACCGCCAUUUCCUCCUCCGCGAUCUACUUCUUCGCCCUAUCACGCAAGUAACUUGUUGCAAAGGCAUUUCAGCAACUGGACCAAACCAAACAGUCCCACCAGGUCUACAGAGGCUGAGGCAAUCCUUCAUUCAGAAGGUCGCCGGGCCGCUGACGCCAAACCCAAACGCUGGAUAUCGUUUAAGAGCUUCUUUCGCCGCAGGAAAACUGACGAUGAGGAAGACAAAGAGAAAGAAAGGGAGAAAGGGAAGUUGGUGGGUCUUGAUGGAACCGUUAUACAUAUGCUCCCCCCUCCUCCGGUUCAACGUCAUCACUGGUUCAGUGAGGCCAAGUCAGACUCCAGCGAGAAGCCCUCAAUUGUUUUCAUGUACAGAUGUGAAUCGGCGCAAGCUGAACCGAAGGCUGAGCAUCAAAACAAGGGUGGAGCGGAGUCUGCCCUUGCAGAGGCACUAGCAAAAGACAGAGGAGAAACACAGGAGAAGUCUGCAGAGGGCUCUGAGCAGCAAGUAGCCAGCCAUUCCUCACCACCCCAGGCUGCCAAGAAAAGCCCCAGCACAUCAGAACACUGUGGAAUCAAUGGCUCGCCAGAGUUUCAAGACAUGAUUAAAAGACUCAAGAAGGCCCUGAAAGAAUUUCCUUUAAUGGGGAAUUGUGUGAGUGAGUACAGUGGUCAAGUGCCCGAUGACACGACACUGGAGGAGCUGUCCCCUCGUGUCCCUAGAGCUGUGUUUGUGAAGCAGGACAAUGGCGGCAGUGCCUCCGUCAUACCAGUGUCGUCUGUCCGCCUCCCACUGGGGGAGGAAGAAAAGGAAGAAGCCUCCAGUUCUCCUGACUUGAAUCCUUGCAGUGCUACAUACAGCAAUUUAGGACAGUCCAGGGCAGCCAUGAUACCUCCAAAACAGCCGAGGCAACCAAAGGGAGCUUUGGAUGAUGCCAUUGCCUUUGGAGGACUGGUAGACCAGGAGACAAUAAACAACUUGCAGCCAACACCACCUCCACUGCCAAAGAAAACAAUCCUGAGAGCCAACACAGAGCCAACUCCCAGAGAUCUCCAGAAGCAGGCUCUGGAGAACAGCCUGUGCCUUGUGGCAAACCCCACCUAUGAUAUUGACACCAACUGGGAAGCAAGCAGCGCCUGCUCUUCAGUCAGCCUGGAGCUCAAGGUGCUAGACAAUGAGUCAGGAGAUUCCCUGGACAGGCCUGCAGAAAAACUAAGGACAACCACCUCAGCAACUAACAGUGUUUCCAGCCUAACCACUAUCAGUAUUAAGGACAGGUGUUCCAACAGCAUGGAGUCUCUCAUGGGGCGCCGCGUCUCACAGACUAAGCAGGGCAAAGGUGUCCAGAAGCCCCAGAGGCAAGCACUUUAUCGGGGAAUCGAGAACCGAGAAGAGGUGGUGGGCAAAAUCCGAAGCCUCCACGCCGAUUCGCUCAAGAAGCUGGCACUGAAAUGUGAAGACUUGUUCAUGGCUGGACAGAAAGAUCAGCUGCGCUUCGGGGUGGACAGCUGGUCGGACUUCAGGCUGACCAGUGACAAGCCCUGCUGUGAGGCAGGCGACGCGGUUUACUACCCAGCUUCUUACGCAAAAGAUCCUCUCAACAAUUACGCGGUCAAGAUUUGUAAGAGCAAAGCUAAGGAAUCCCAGCAGUAUUAUCACAGCCUCUCUAUCCGCCAGAGUCUGGCUAUCAACUUCAACAUCCAGCAGGACUGUGGCCAUUUCCUUGCUGAAGUACCGGUUCGCCUCCUACCAUGGGAGGAUGCUGAUGCGCCAGAGGUAGAAGAAGAGGAGCAGGAAGAUGAGGAGAAAGAGCCUGAGCAAAAGAACAGAGACAGUCCUUCCAAUACAGAGGCUGCACAGAAAGACAGCUCAAGCAACCAAGGGACCAUCAGCAAGCCACGCAGCCGUGUUGUGGUCAUCACACGGGAAGUGCCGUACUUAACAGUGGCUGAUUUUGUGCGAGAAUCUGCACCUCGCCACGCCAAGAGCCCGGACCUGUAUGAAAGGCAGGUCUGCCUGCUGCUUUUGCAGCUCUGCUUGGGCCUGGAGCACCUGAAACCCUAUCAUAUCACACACUGUGAUCUGCGGCUGGAGAACCUGCUGCUGGUUCACUCCAAACCGAGAGGCAGUCCUCUGAGCUCUGAAUCCAUGGAACCCAGUCCCAACACAGCUUGCCCAGCCAGAUUAAUAGUGAGCAAUUUCUCCCAGGCCAAGCAGAAGAGCCAUAUGGUGGAUCCCGAGGUCCUUCGGGAUCAGUCUCGCCUGGCACCAGAAAUCAUCACUGCAACACAGUACAAGAAGUGUGAUGAGUUCCAGACUGGCAUCCUCAUCUACGAAAUGCUGCACUUACCCAAUCCCUUUGAUGAGAAUCCAGAGCUGAAGGAGAAGGAGUAUACUCGUGCUGAUCUCCCCAAGAUUCCUUGUCGUUCCCUCUAUUCUCAAGGGCUUCAACAACUUGCCAGCUGCCUGCUGAAUCCCAACCCGUCAGAGAGGAUCCUGAUAUCAGAAGCCAAGGGAAUCCUGCAGUGUUUGCUUUGGGGUCCACGUGAGGACUUGUUCCAUGCUCUGAGUACAUCUUCCAACCCCUCACGGAAAGAUGCUGUCCUUCAGAACUGGCUGGAUAUCAAAAGGACGCUGAUGAUGAUCAAGUUUGCAGAGAAGUCCUUGGACAGGGACGGUGGAGUUAUUCUGGAAGACUGGCUUUGUUGUCAAUAUCUUGCUUUUGCCACUACAGACUCACUUCAUCGCAUUGUGAGAAUCAUGCAGCAGCACUAGUUUGUAGAGCCUGUUGCUUUUAAUGAAGCACGCCCCACAUCUACCCCAGCCCUCACUCCAGCCUCCCCUGGGGCUCACACUUUGUACAAGUGUUAAGAAAUAGCCUAGAUGUCAAAGCCAGCAACUCUGAGCAAAUAUGUUCUGAUUGGAGGAACUGCAUCGUGUACCAAAUAGGACAGGAACUUCACUUUUUUGCCAGGCCUGUUAGGGAUCCAUUAUAUCUACAAGGCUGCAUUUGGAUCAGACAGUAUGUAACUUGGUUAAUAUCUGGCUGAAAAGGAGAGCAACCUUCAAUACCACUACUUCUACCACUGCAGUAAACAAAUUGCCCUCCUCUUCUGGGUAGUUUCUGUCAUUUCCUUAUGUAGCAUUGGAUAGUGAAUAGCAGUGACCGUAAGCAGAGAUGGGUUAGUUUGCUAAUGUGAGAUGAGUGACCCACCGUGCCACAGAACACUCAGAUGCUUCCUUUCCACUUGCCACACAAAAUUUUCUCUCAGCUUAGUCCUCCAGAAGCAGGCUGGACUCCUCUUUCUUUUGGUCUCAACAAAACAGUCUGAUUUUUCUCUUACACUUCAUGCCCUGGGAUUUUUUUUCUUCCACAGAUGUGGUUAUCCUGCUGACUGUGGCAAGGUUGGUGGGCAGUAAGCAUCUGGGUUCAAUCCUUUUCCCUCCUUCACUGCCUCAGACUUGCUGCUUGCCUAUAUCCCUUCUAACCACAGAUCUGGGAUUUCAACAAUGCUGCCUUAAUCAGACCAUUACCCCUAACUUAAGACCUCUGCAUUAAAAAGCAGAAUCCUCACCCUUUGUCUAUCCCAUUUCAUAGUCUGGACUGCUGAUGUACUGUAGCUAUAACCACAUUUAUACAAGAAUAUUACAAGACAAGGUGGGCCAUUGAAAUUCCCCUUCCAUCACUAAGGACACUAAAUGACUUGAAAUGGAUAGGACACAUAUAACCUUCUCUGACAAUCACUGCUAUAAAUCAGGGAUGAAAAUAACAGCCACCUCUGCUUUAUUUUGGUCUGCUCUUGUCACAUGUGCCAUAUUGCAAAGCAGGACUGAAACUGGCUCUGCUGGUAUGUUGGCAGGAGAUAGAAGUGUUUAGAGCAUAUCUGUGUGUAGCUAACAGGCCACAUGGAGACACUUUGACUGAAGACGUGGUUCUCUGAAGGGUAAAAACAAGGGGGCAAAAACACUGUUGUUUAAUUAUUGAGAGAUCUGUUAAGCUUGGCAGCCACAACUAACAACAUCACACAGCGGUGUGUGGCUGCGCAUCUCCUGUCUGUGUAACCAGAGUUCUCUCCUGUUGCUGCAGACAACACCCUGACAGUGGAAUGUUGCUUGAACAGCAUCGCAGGCGGUUUUGGACUAGAGCAGGCAUUAGUGAGGAUUAAAGCGACAGAAUCUUUCCAAACUGAACCUGAAGAAGCUUCUUCACUCUCAGAGGCUGCUGCUGACUUCCUUCCCUGCCCUCCUGGCCGCUCGCAGUGGAACCUCUGCAGUUGUGCAGACGCUGUUGUUGCUCAGUAUUUUGCUAGGCUCUGCAUUGCGUCCUGGGUCGCUCCGAAGAACUGACCUGGAUGCAGGGGACAAAGUGAUACCGGAUAUCCUGACCUGGGUGAUGGAAAGCAGACAGCCCUAGUUACGAGCCUGUGCUUCUCUCCUAUGGAUCUAUGUGCAAUUCUUGUAUGUAUUUUUUAAAGCUGUAUGUUACAGUGUUCACUUUACACACCAGCCUUUACCUGAUGAUAGCUCUGCAGACCCUUCCUUUACUUCCCUGGCACAUAAAUGCACAGAUAUCCAUGUGUUCUUGUUAUGGAUUGAUGUUUCAUUUUAAUUGUUAAAACUGUGAGGAAUCGAUUCACUUCAGCCUUGAAACAAAUAGCCACUUUAUACAGCAUAUGCAUGCUUGGACCAGAUAUGUGGAAACUGAACAAACAGUCCUGCAGGCUUAAAGUCAGCAAAACUAGCUCUGAAUUCACACUGUAGACUGGGAGGGGUUAAAAUGUCUGUAUUCUUCUUCUCUGGCAUCUAUCAGAGCUAAGCUGCAUAGUGUGUGGAAGCCUACAUCGAUUGUGCAGUAGUAUAGACUCUGUCUUUGAAACUUCUGAUUGUUAUUCUUUUGGUUUGGUUCACCUGUAUCAGUGAAGGAUCAGGAAAGGAUAAGGAUAAUUUACCUUAAUGUGAUAGCUGGAUUUUUCCUUUCUCUUUUUGGCAAAAAGGUUAGAAUGAUGGCAUUGGUGCAGUAAAAGAGGACAAUGCAUUAAAAGCCCAAGUGCAAUGUAUGUAGUUGAGGUACUCCCACUAUGUCAGGAAAGAAAGUUUCUACACUGCUGCUGAGCAGCUCCUAGAAGAACCUUUACAAAGAAUGACAGAAGUGUUUGAUGCAGCCCUGCUUUAUCUGGACACAGGAGGGCAAUGCUCUCACACCUUGAGUACACCGAGCAUGACAAGUCACCCACAUGCUGUCUGCUAGCUACUAGUCACAAUGUGUUGAGCUGCAAGUAGGCCUUCUUGUUCUCUGUGGUUUGGUGUUGUGUCGCGUAGUGCGUGUGCACGUAAGUUCUCACCUAACUGAUAGAGGCCUUGCAAGCAGUCCCUGGACCAUUUGCCAUUGCAGUGGGCUCCUGGCUCAAAAGCAAGAGGUGUUUCUGUGUCUAAGGACACAGGCUCAGUGUCACUCCCACGCUGACGUGCACAUGCAAAGCUGAAUUUGGAAUGUUUUACAGCCGUAUGUAUUUAAUGCAGCUGGUCCAAAGCCUUUGUAUCUCUAGCAGUCUGACUUCAGUUUGCAUCUUUGGUGAAGAACCAAUACUCAUUUUAGCUCUGCAGUAUAAUCAAGCAUGGAUAGAUGUUCACUACCAAUCUCUUUCUUGUGCAGCACUGGGUAAACCUUAGCAGUUUGUAAUGUUGUGUGUUGGGUUGUUUGUUUUUUUUUUUUCUUUAAAAAGAAAGAAUGGUCAAAGAAGUUGAACACAAUCUGGCCUGAGCUCUUCCUUGGGAAGUUUGAGGCUGACUUUGCAGCUCUGCCCCUAACUGAUGAUUGUAACUACGUGGUUCUCCAUCCCGGCAACAGAUUGUGCCACAUAAGUAUACAGGAAUGUAUGCAUUAAAGUGAUUGUAAACUAAUCCUAAGAAUGCUACAGCAUAAUAGCUAAGCAAAAGGAAAAAAACCCGCUCUGUUUGUACCUGGGAUCCUGUGUGUGGCAGGAACCAACCCCCUGGCCGUGCACAUUACAGUUUGGAUAUGUGCACAGAUCUUGAAUGACUUUUUUUUUUAGCAAUGUCGCACUUUCAGUUGAGCUCGAGAAACAGGAGGAGCUACAAGUCUAAGAGAUCAGUAUUGACUGUAAAUAUCUAUUUUUCUAGUCAUAAAAGCUGUCAUUCAGAUAUUUUUAACAUGAACUCUAAAGAUUUUUCCAGUAGAAACUAAUGUCUGGAAAAAAUCAAAUGCUUGCUUGAGGAAUUAUGGCGAGUGGUUUCUGAUCCUAUUAGAGCCAUUAAAACCUCUCUAAUGUUACAGAGAGAGCACAGUGAUUGGAUUCACAAUGUUCAGUGCCUUGUCAAAAAACUAAAAUGUAGCUGGUCAGUUGAUGGAAAUCUUAUCCUUUUCAUAAUAGCCCUAGGAACAGCACUGCCCACAUGAAGAUGCAAAAGACUUGACAAAAUGAAAUGCUGUAUUUUGUAUGAUGCUGAGUUAUCUGUUUGGUUCUUUUAAGUUGCUUUCAGUACAGCAGAAACAUGAAGUAGCAGAAUUGCAGGCUUCCCAGUCCGGGAUCUGCACAAGAAGAGUAAGAGUGGAUGACAAGUCAAGUGGUCUAGAAGCUUAAUGCUUUGGCAGCCUACUGCAGACAGCUUGUAGGAGAUGAGGAAUCUGAUUAGUCUGGAACAAACGGUGAAGGUAAGAUGCUGUAGGUAGGAUGUGCUGCACACCGUACUCUGUAGUGUGAAACACAAACCUCUCUUGAAACAGGAGUUCUAAGCAGCACCUGCUUCUGAGAUGUCAUGGAAAAUGGUUUGGGUUUGUAUUUCUUAAAUGGGAACUACUUGAUCCCUAACUGUCUUUCAAACUUCAGCUCUGAUGCAGUCAAUAUGCCUAACCAGGUGAAUGUAGAGAGAAUCUAUUAGCCAAAACUUGCCCACAGGUUUUCAUGAACAAGGAAAUUCAGAAUUUGUUCAAGCCUCUGCAGUGUCCAAUUGUAGAAGCCUGCUCUCAUUUCAGCAUUCAGACACGAUGACACCAGUAACUCAAGAUAGAAUAUCGUGUUGCUGGCCCCCAGACAAGAUGUAACCUCUACAGUAGUGUUCUGCCCUGAGUCUUUUAUACUCCACGCAUCCUGGCAGCACCCACCUCUGGAUCAUCUUCACAUUUGAACACAAAAGUUCCCACAUAUUAGAGAGAAAACUAGAUUAUUGAAAUAAGCCACAUGGGUUAGGUUCAGCUACUUGGAGAACUUAUUCAGCAGUUUCACGUUAUAGGUCUUCAAGUUUAGCAUGUAAAACUAGUAUUUGCUGCUGAACUAAAAUCUGUUUCUCAGGUGUUGGCUGAGAUGCCCCACCUAAAGUUUGUUUGUUUGCCAUAGCAAUUAAAUGUAAAAUAAAUAGUUUUGGGUUUAUUUAAAUCUGUUGUAACUUUUCUGAGGGAUAGAAUGGAACCUGAAUCAGACCUUAUAAUGCACUUUCCUUUCCCCAAACAUGGAUUAACCUGUUUCUCUGUGAAACCUCUACAUGUCCUUUGCUCCUUGCAUGACUACGCCAUCGAUUUGACUCUGAUUUUUGCAGAGGUAAUGUUGGUUCUGCUCAAACAGCACAGUCAGAGCUGGUCCAUCCAGAAAGAGCUCUGAUGAUGGUUUAGUUAUGCCGUAAGACAGCAACAAAGAAGUGCAAACGCAGAGUGAAAUUUUAGAUCCCUCUAUAGAAGCAGACCCAUGGAAAUACUCAGUAAACAAUUAUCUGGAUUCCAAAUUCUUUAAGGGAGGAAUACACAAAAACUACCUUUCAAAGGAAAUAUUGGGCAGACGUUUCUUUAGGGCACCCUCAACUCCAACAGGAGGAGCGAUUCAUCCGCACUGCUGUGUUGCAGAGAAUUUCUAGUAGACCAUUUCCAUUUCUUUGUGUGGCUAUUAUUAUUCAGCUGUAUGCAGUAUUAGAAAGAUGGUGGUUUUGAGUAGGUGUAGAAUGCCAUUUAAAUUAUUUCCUCUCAGUCUCCUUGCACUGGUGCUCCACUCAGCGUUUAGCUGGAAACCACAGAAUGCUUUCAGGUACAGCAGAGUUGCCAGUGAAAAAUUACUACUCAACGGAGCUGUGCAUAAGCAUUUUACCACUCUACAGAAAUUUGGUUUGUACUUCAGACUACAACAAUCUUUCUUUUCCAUAAAUCCAAGGAUAAGUGUUCAGGGAUUUAGAAGAGGUUGGACCUUUUUUUAUAUGGAGGAAAUAUAUAUAUAUAUAUAUAUAUACACACAUACAUACAUAUAUAUAUAUAUAUAUGAGUGUGGGCAUGAUUAAAUAUAUAUAUAUAUAUAUGUAUGUAUAUGAUUUUUUGUAUCCCAGAAGUAUUCUUUGCCCCUUUUUGCUUGAAAAUAUAUAUAUUAUAUAUUGUAUAUAUAAUAUAUAAGAGUGUGUGUAAAUUUUAAUAUAGUCCUUUCAUAAAUAACACCUCUUCAAAAACGAUUGGAAACUUCGGUUUCGUUGUCCUUUGGCUUGUUGGUAUUAGAAGGGUUUGCAAUUGAAAUCCUUGGGUUUUUUUCUUUUAGAACUUAAUUAUGCUGAGCAUUUAAGACUAUGUUCUUGUUUUUAAUAAAAGAGGGAAAUUUAUUUUUAAACUAGGGAUUCCAAAAUGGAUGGACUUUUAUAGAUGGGAUUUUAAAUCCCUUGAAUUAAGGGAGAUCUCUUUUUGCUGGUUUGGUUUUUCAGCUCCAUUCUCGUGGGUAAUUUGUAUUUGGAGUUCCUGGUUGCAUUGCUUUAUCUGGUGCUUCAUACUGAUAUUUACACGUUUUUAUAGAAAUAAGCAUAUAAACUUCAAGCCUUCCUUUGUGAUCAGGGCAGUUACACUCUGGUUUGCUGUGGUACUUUGCUGUGUAUUCCGUGGCAUUCAUGUUACUGUGUAAAUAAACUAGUUUUAUUACACUCGAAA